AUGGGUAUCCAAGCCUUCCUCCUCCUCAUGGCAGCAAGCCUCGCCGAAGCCCACUUCGGCAUCGAGUACCCCCCGAUGCGCGCCAACACGCUCGGCAGCCAGCAAAACACGACAUACUCCCAAUGGACCAACCCCUGCGCCGGCGUCCCCGGCAACCUCACCACCACCCCACCCACCCCCUGGCCCCUAACCGGCGGCAGCCUCAAACUCUCCCUACACCACCCCUGGACCUACCUCUUCAUCAACCUCGGCCUGGGGCCCGACGUCUCCAACUUCAACUACACCCUCACCACCCCGCCCUGGAACUCGACCGGCAACGGCACGCUGUGUGUGCCGCGGCUGGCGCUGCCGGCGGGCUUGCCCGUGCGCGACGGGACGCGGGCGAGCUUGCAGGUGGUUACUGUGGGGGGCGAUGGGAGUGCGUUGUAUAAUUGUGCGGAUGUGGUGUUGAGGGAGGGGGCGGAGGUGUUGGCGGGUGGGGAGUGCGUGAGUAGUGAGGGGGUGGAGGUUGCGCCCGUCAGGGUGGGGGGUGCGGGGGCGGAGGGGGAUGCCGAGGGGAAUGCGGCGUCGUCGGUGAGGGGGGGGGAUAUGGCGGCGGUGAUGUCGUCGGUGGUGGCGCUGGUGGUGGUGUUUGUUUUGGGGAUGGGCGGGUGA